GCCACAGCAGCAGCAAGAGCCAGCAGCAAGCAGGCCAGCCACCAGCUCUCCUCACAACAACAGAAUCCUGCGCCAAGCAGAGAAUCCUGCGCCAACCGCCAGCGCAGAUUGUGUACCCAGUGUGUGUGUGUGUGCGCCCCCGUGUGCCCGAGAGAUACUUUCGUGGUGUUCCUGUUUGAGUGUGUGUGUGUGUGGUGACUCCACGAACCCGGGAAAAAUCCCAAAAAAAAAAACAAGGAUGAACCGUUACGGUGCGGUGGCGCUACUGGUGGCGCUGCUCGGCUGCUCGGGCGCCAGCGGUACGCAGAAGCUGCAGGAGCGGUACAGCUGGCAGCAGCUCGACUUCGUCUUCCCCAAUCAACGACUCAAGCAACAGGCGCUGGCGAGCGGUGACUACGUACCGACCAACGGGCUCCCGGUCGGUAUCGAGCGCUGGCAGAACAAGCUGUUCGUCUCGGUGCCACGAUGGAAGGACGGCAUCCCAUCGACGCUCAACUACAUCGACAUGAACCAGACACCGUCCGGUUCGCCGGCCCUCAUCCCCUACCCGGACUGGUCCUCGAAUGUGGCCGGCGAUUGCGCCAACGGGCUGUCGACGGUGUACCGGCUGAAGGCGGACAAGUGCGGACGGCUGUGGGCCCUCGAUACCGGUACCGUCGGCAUUGGCAACACGACCCAGCAGCUCUGCCCGUACGCCCUUAACAUCUGGGACCUGAAGACGAACCGGCGGCUCCGGCGGUACGAGCUGCGUCCGGAGGAUACGAAUCCGAACACGUUCAUCGCGAACAUUGCGAUCGAUAUGGGACGCAGCUGCGAGGAUACGUUCGCGUACAUGUCGGACGAGCUCGGGUACGGGCUGAUCGUGUACUCGUUCGAGCAGAACCGCUCGUGGCGCUUCGCCCACAGCUUCUUCUUCCCCGAUCCGCUGCGGGGUGAUUUUAAUGUCGCCGGUCUUAACUUCCAGUGGGGUGAGGAGGGCAUCUUCGGGAUGUCGCUGACGCCACUGCAACCGGACGGUUACCGGACGCUUUACUUUUCGCCACUGGCCAGCCACCGGGAGUUUACCGUGUCGACGCGGGUGCUGCGUGAUGAGGAGAAGGUGGAGGAGAGCUUCCAUGAGUUCCAGUAUCUGAAGGAGCGCGGACCGAACGCGCAUACGACGUCGCGCGUCAUGAGCGAAAGCGGGCUGCAGCUGUUCAAUUUGAUCGACCAGAAUGCGGUCGGUUGCUGGCACUCGUCGCUACCGUACAGCCCGGAGUACCAUGGGCUGGUGGAUCGGGAUGAUGUGGAGCUCGUGUUUCCGGCCGACGUUAAGAUCGACGAUGAGGAGCAGGUGUGGGUUAUCUCGGAUCGGAUGCCCGUGUUUCUGAUUGCCGAGCUCGACUACAGUGACGUUAACUUCCGGAUCUUCUCGGCACCGCUCAGUACGCUCGUUGCCGGUACGGUGUGUGAUGUGCAGCCGGCGGGUGCCGGGUUCACUGGUCCGAUCCAGCCCAAGUUCGGUGUCGAAGGGCUGUCGACGUACGCCGGUGAACCGACGCUGCUACCGACGACUUCGUCCACCGGGUACGGUGGUACGUUUACGCCCUCGCUUCCGUACACACCGACGGCGGCACCGACGACCGUGCAUAAGUAUACACCAUCCGUCCCCGGGACGUCCGUCGGCUACGAAACACCGACCUCGCACAUGUACUCGACGCAGUCCUAUCCGACCACGGCCAAGGCGUACGCCUACAACAAGUACCACGGUGUGGAGUUCCACGCGCACGGUGGUCACGACCAGGGCGGUCACGACCAUUACCAUCACCAUCAGCACGGUGAGCAGCACGGUGAGGGUGGUGGGUACGGUGGUGGGCACCGUUACUGGCCGGGAGCGCACAAGAAGCACGACGCCUGGAAGCAGUUCUUCUACUAGACGGGCGCUAAAGCCAGUCACCAGCACCAUACACUACCACCAACACCACCACCAACAACACCAACACCGGUAGUGAUCACCUGUUGAAGAUUUCGUACUAUUGAUUUCACACACAACGAACACGACACAAUCGCGGCCCCCGAAUAACGGCUCUACUACACGCACGAUUUGGUGUUUGUCGACGCCAUUUUGGUCCCAUUUUCCUAAGCCCUAGGAAGGAGUGCGAAACAGAGAGAGAGAGAGGGAGCGCGAGAGAGAGAGAAAGAGAAAGAGAGAGAGAAGGAGAAGGAGAAGGAAGUAUCUAUAAUUAUUGUAACUAGUAUUACCACAGGAGACACGAACAAAAAAUGGAUUAAAAAAGGA